AUGGCGACCCCAUCCAUGCCUGCUCGUGGAGAUCGAACGGCCCCGACCUUUGACCCCCAUCAACCCCGCGAAUUGAGACGAUAUUUCUCCGAUCUGGACUUCCACUUUGUUCGGUCUGCGGUAGUGGACGAACAAGAAAGAAAGAAACACGCUUGCCGAUUCCUAGAUGUCGACACCUGUGAGCUUUGGGAAUCGCUCACCACUUUCACCGACGCCACGAAGACCUUCAAGGAGUUCUGCGAAGAGGUCUACAGGCUAUACCCUGGAUCGGAGGAAGAACGCAAAUGGUCGGUAUCGGAUAUGGACAAGCUAGUCGGCAAAACGAGCAGGGUCGGCAUCUUGUCUCUCAGCGAACUCGGCGACUAUCAUCGGCGAUUCCUGGCGAUCACGGUGAUACGCUAG